AUUGCAUACCGGAACCGGUGUUUUGUCUUUUUCGCUGUUUCAUGUUUACUUUCAGUUUUUGAUAUUUUAAACAAUUAUCAUGGAGUGUUUAAUUGGAAUUCAGGGAAAAGACUUCGUUCUUGUUGCUUGUGACACAGUCUCAGCGAGGAGCAUCGUUUCUAUGAAACAGGAUCUGGAUAAGAUGCACAAACUGAAUGACAAUCUGCUGAUGCUGGUGGUUGGAGAAUCUGGGGACACUGUGCAGUUUGCAGAGUACAUGAGCAAGAACAUCCAGCUCUACAAAAUGAGAAAUGGAUAUGAGUUGUCACCACAUGCAGCAGCGAACUUCACACGGAAAAACCUCGCAGAUUAUCUCAGGAGUUCUACACCAUACAUGGUAAACUUGUUACUGGCUGGGUAUGACAAAGACGGAGGUCCGGAACUGUAUUUCAUGGAUUACAUGGCAUCACUGAACAAAGUGCCGUUCGCCGCACAUGGUUAUGGUUCCUUCUUUUCUGUCAGUAUCAUGGACAGGCACUAUCAUGAAGACAUAACUCUAGUGGAAGCUCAGGCCUUGUUAAAGAAGUGUGUGAAUGAAAUAAAGCAGAGGUUCAUUGUGAAUAUGCCCACCUUCAAGGUCCGCUGUGUAACAAAAGAAGGCAUUAAAGACUUACCCAAUAUACAGGCAGAAUAGAGCAUGUAAUCUCUCCCGAGUGUUUGAUCAUUAUUUGGGAUAUCUCUCUUGGACCAUUGUAAAUGACAGCCAUCUUUGAUUGCAUAAACGUGUAUGUGUAUGGCAUGUUUUAAGUGUGUAACUUGGUGUGUCAUUUCAACAUGUUGAAUUCUUGAAUGAUGCCUCUGUGUUAAGUAUGCAUCCACAUUAAGUGCUAUGUCAUUGAUUUCAUUAUUUGACUUUCUUGUUCAUGUGAAAAUAAAUUUACAAAGUAAA